GCAUAGCCUGCAUGUCAGUGCAGUUAACUUGCAGCGGGCUGUGAGCAGAACUAGCGUGGCUUUGUUUUAGGAAAUUUCCUUCCUUUCUUUUUCUUUUCUUUUUAAUUAGACAAAGAUUUACAAAAAGGUUUUUAAGAGUCACCUUUGUAGAAGGACAUACAGUACACUUUAAAUUUAGCCUAAAAAACCUGGAAGGGUCCUCUUUUUAUCCUUCCAAACUGCCUUUUAAUAUACCUUUUUGAUUAAUUAAAGGCUGGGCCUUGAGCUUGUGAAGUUUAGAAAGAGCCAGGAGCUACUUAACAGCAUCUGUCUGGCUGCUUCUCCCUUUUUCUGGGCGAAAGCAAGCAAGCUGGUCUUUUUUGCUAGCCUGAUAAAUGCUAUUUAUGAAGAUGGACCUGUUGAACUACCAAUACUUGGACAAGAUGAACAACAAUAUUGGCAUUCUGUGCUAUGAAGGUGAAGCAGCUCUAAGAGGUGAGCCCAAAAUGCAGUCUCUUCCAGUAUCCUCUGCUCUAACCAACCAUCGAACAGGUCCUCCUCCCAUCAGCCCCAACAAGAGAAAGCUCAGCAUGGACCAAGGGGAUGAUGAGCUAGACUGUGAAAAUGAACACAUCUCUAAAAUGAGUCGAAUGUUCAGUCCACACCUAAACAAGACUGCUAAUGGGGAUUAUCGGAAGGAGCACAGAGAAAGGAGUCGCAGCCCAAUAGAACGGGCUGCUGCGCCAACAAUGAGCCUUCAUGCCAAUCACAUGUAUGCCUCAAUCCCAAGCCUGACCAUGGAUCAACCUCUAGCACUGACCAAAAAUAGCAUGGAUGCAACCCGAACAGUCGGCAUCACGCCCACGCUGACUUCUCUGGAACGGCAGCAGAACCGUCCAUCUGUAAUCACAUGUGCCUCUGCAAACAACCGUAACUGUAAUCUCUCACACUGCCCCAUUGCCCACAGUGGCUGUGGUUCAGCGGUGCCAACAAGUUAUAGAAGACCAUCUAGCACUACCACUGCCUGUGAUCCAGUGGUGGAAGAGCAUUUCCGCAGAAGCCUUGGCAAGAAUUACAAAGAGCCUGAGCCAGUGGCAAACUCUGUCUCCAUCACAGGAUCGGUUGAUGACCACUUUGCCAAAGCACUUGGGGAUACAUGGCUUCAAAUUAAAGCUGCAAAGGAUGGAGUGUCUAGCAGUCCUGAGUCUGCUUCAAGGCGGGGCCAGUCUUCCCCUUCUUCCCACAUGAUCAAUCACAAUCACUCACCCUCUGUAGUCUCAUGAAGGGAAGACCAUCAUGUUUGUGAAUUUGCAUGGUUUGACUGAGCUUUGAACAGUGCUUAACGAAUAGUGUUGGGGAAGGAGAGAUUAGUUUUCAACACAUUUUUGUGUACUGACUUGGUAUUUGUCAAGGGUGCCCUAAAGGCGAUAGCAGGAACUAUUUUAUAAAGAUUUGUCUGAUGUAGUGCAUCCUUUUUCCCUGCCUCGGUUACCAAAGAAACCUCUGAUGAAAAUCUGCUGCCCCUUUAAAAUAUAUGCACGCUAAUCCACAGAAAAGCCAUUACACGUAGUUGUUUGACCCAAAUGUUUUUGCUUUUGUUAGCUACUUGAGACUAGAAUUUGUCUGGUUUGCUUUCAUUGCCUUUUUCUUUCUUUCUGUGAAGUACUUUUGUAUGUAUAUACUUGAAAAGAACUGUCAUGUAUGAUUUGCACUAUUGGAGGAGGACUAAAGUUGCAUGGCAACUUUAUGCAAGACAUUAAUAUUCUGAGGGCAAACUGCUGAAAAAAAGGUUUAAGGAUGACAUUUUUAUCUGCUUGAUUAUUUUCUUAAAGCAAAACAGCUUUAGAAGGGGAAGUCUCAUACAGGUUAUAGGUCUUUCUCUCUUUAGACUUCAGGUGUUUAGUGCUUGCAACUGGACUGCAUAAUUUACAAAACACGGGCAUUUAACUGUUUCCUAAACACUGCAGUUUGUUAGAAUAGAGUUGAAGUUGGAGGGUUCAAUAGUGCUUAAAGAUGCAUGUUUUACAAAAAAAAUAGCUGGUAUCUAUUAAUGUAUAGACAGUAAGAACCAUAAUACUUAUUAGCUUUUCUUCAGAAUUAGUUUAUUUUUGUCAGUAACAGUCCUAGAUAUACUUACUGCUGGUACAGUUGUACUGUAUGAUAUUUGUAUUUGAUAUUCACUUUAGUAGCAGCCAGCAAAAAGAGGACAGCCUCAGGACGGCCUCAAAUGAAGCAGUUUAGAAAUAUAUGAUGUGUGGUACAGGAUGCUACAGCUUUGCGCAUGACUGAGUAAUCAUUAAUGUUGCAGCAUUGUCUGCUUAACAUGAAGUUGCUUUCUCAAACUUAAGUCUGUGUAAUCCAAUGAUAGCUAGCUAUGGAAACUUCUAACUUUAAAUAUCUUGGCUGGACAACAGAUUGUUAUAGUUUGUGAAAUAUGAUCUUUAAUGUUUAAGCUUACUCAAACCUAUGCCAAGGCAGCAUACAUUCCUCCAUUAGAAAAUGUUAUACAGGUAUUAUCGCAUUUAUUAUCAUUUGCUAUAUUAAUAGCUACUAACUAGAAAUUAGGUAAUAGAGGCAGGCAUAAAAACAGCUGUGUUUAAUACUAAAGAGCUUCUCUUCUUUUUUUUUGUUAAAUAUAACUACUCUCCCCCCAUACAUUCCAUCAUCCCAGUACAGUUACAGCUAGAUCUUUUUUAUACUGGGUUUACCUGAAAAGACUGGUUCAGUAUGGAAAGUUAUGACUAGUUGGAAAAUGAACUACAUGUGAUGUAUUAUGGACUGUGUUACAGUAUUGGGUCCAUUGUGGCUUUUUUUUCCUUUUUUUCCCCUUUUUUAUGUUAAGCUAUUUAAUUUGAAAAAGGCACAGGGUAGAAGAGAUCAGGGGACUGGCUUGGACUCAUGCAAAGGAGAUGGCUGCUCAAUUUUUCCAUUAAUUUUUUUUUAAAGCAAAAAAAGAAAAAAAAACCCUAAGGCCCCCAGUUUUACACAUUUCACUACCAUUUUACUGGGUAGUCAACGCUUAACUGCUUUGGCAUUCAGUACCCUACACUUGGAUUAUUAAAAGAACACUUUUUUAUAUAGGUAACUUUAAGACCAUCGUUACGCUGUGCGUAAAGAAUGUACAGAGAAAUUUGUAGGUAUUUUUUGAGGAACAAUUAAUUUGUUAAUGAUAUGUAGCUAUUUAAUUUUUCCCUUUCCUUUAUUGUAAUCAUUCUUUUUUUUUUUUUUGUUUGGAGAAAAAAGUUGAUCUUUUUUUGUUGUAGAUUUGUCUGUAAUACAGUAAAAGUGCAGGAACACAGUUAUUCUAUGAGAACACUGCAUUAGCAUUAAUAGCCACUAGUUUGUUAUUGCUACAGGCUACUGAGCAUUAUAACAGUAAAUACUAAUACUGUAGAUGGACUCUGUGGAAAAUGUGACUCCUACGUUUCUUUGUAAACACAAGAUAAUAUUUUUAAAGUUAAUAUGUUCAGUAAUAGCUGUUUUACAAGGUCUCAUUUACUUAUCUGAGAUAGGUAAAUGGAUUUGGGAGGCAAUAAAGAUUUAAUGUGCUAUGUCCAGUAGAACAAAUUCAUUAAACACAACUAAGCCAAAGGGUUGGGGGAGGUAAAAGGAAAAUCAACUAAACUCACUGUAAUAACGCAUAGUGAAGUUUCUUCACAGAGCCACGUUCUCUACAGUUCAGUUUUACAGAUGUGGAGAGAAUCUUUUAAUCUGUAAUAUACCGUUCUUUUGUGGCCUUGUUUCACCUGGGGAAAAAAAAAGGUUUGGCAGGCCAUCUUUUUUUUUGUAUUUUAAAAGUAGCCUUAAAGAACAAUAAAGUGCUCUUAAAUCACA